AUGGCUCCAAACCCGAUCUAUCUGGGCGUUGUUGGCGUAGGUGGCGUCGGUACUGCAUUUCUUCAGCAGCUCGCCAAACUGCCCAACGCUCCAUCCCUCGUCCUCCUAGCACGCUCUUCUCAAACGCUCCUCUCCCCAGCACCCUCGUACUCACCCGCCAUCCCUGCUGCAGACUGGCAAACAGCAUCUACAGCUCCGUCAAUUACCAAAUCCGGCGCCCUCAGCUCAUCCGAGCUCAUCUCUUAUCUCUCCUCUGCGCCUGGGCGCUCGGUAUUGGUCGACAACACCUCCGACCCCAAGCUCGCCAGCGCAUACCCCGAAUUUCUCAAGGCGGGAAUCUCCAUUGUCACACCGAACAAGAAGGGAUUCUCGUCAGAUCUAUCUCUAUGGAAGGACAUAUUUGCGUCGGCAGCAAGUGGAAAGGCGCUCGUCUACCACGAAAGCACAGUCAUGGCCGGCCUCCCCGUCCUCUCUACACUGCGCGAUCUCGUCGCUACAGGUGACGAAGUGACACGCAUCGAGGGUGUCUUCUCCGGCACAUUAUCAUUCUUAUUCAACACUUUUGCUCCCGUCUCCUCAUCUGGCUCUCCUGCGAAAUGGAGCGAUGUGGUCAUCAAGGCCAAGGAGCUCGGAUACACCGAACCCGACCCUCGCGAUGACCUAAACGGAAUGGACGUGGCACGUAAACUGACAAUCCUGGCACGAAUCUCUGGUCUUGAAAUUCAAAGCCCGUCUUCAUUCCCCAUUGAGUCGCUGAUCCCCUCUGAAUUGGCCUCUUUGCCUGCCACUUCUGCUGGUGUAGCGGAGUUCAUAGCCCGUCUCCCAGAAUUUGAUGGCUCAAUGGAUGCUCUCAAGGAGCAGGCUGAAAAGGCGGGUAAGGUGGUGCGAUACGUUGGCAGUAUUGACAUCGCUACAAAGGAAGUCAAAGUAGGGUUGCAGCAGUUUGAUAAUGAUAGCGCUAUUGCGGGACUCAAGGGAAGUGAUAAUGUCGUUAGCUUCUACACAAAGCGUUAUGGUAGCAACCCACUCAUUAUUCAGGGUGCUGGUGCCGGUGGUGAUGUGACAGCUAUGGGUGUCACGGCGGAUCUCAUCAAGGUCAUUGAAAGACUAUGA